AUGGAAGACCAAUUUCAGAUGUUGUUUGAGAAAAUGAGAAUUGAAAUGAAGGAACAGAAUACAAGAUUGGAAGAAUCAUUAACAGACAAAAUAAUAAAUAGAAUGGAUGAGAAGUUAAAACCUAUCUUAACAGAAAAUGAAAACCUAAAAUUAAAAAGGAGGAACGUUCUAUUACCGAGUUACUGCAGAAUUUCCAAAAGGCAAUGCCUGGCGGAUUUAAAUAUAACACUCAAAAACACAGAGGUAAAUAAAAUAUACCGUAUCGGAAAACCCAGAAAACAGGAAGGAAAACCAAGGCCGAUUUUAAUAUCCUUCGUUAAUAGUUGGAAGAAGCACGAAAUCCUUAAAAAUAAGAGAAAAUUCAAGAAAUUGCAUAUUUCUGAAGACUUUUCCAAAGAAGUCUUAGAAAAAAGGAAAUUAUUGAAACCAAAAUUGAUAGAAGAACUAAAGAAAGGCAAGAUUGCAUAUUUAAAAAAUGAUCAACUUAUAGUCAAGGAAAACUGUUCUAACACUGACAAAAGGAAGAGAGAAUUAUCAGCUUCUCCACAAACUGAACAAACGGCUCAACCAAAAAAGCAACAGGCACUACUAUCCUCUAAAACUAAUCGAACAAAUGCUUUUGACAUGAUGAGGGCCAGAUCGAGCUCCCUUUCUACUUCCUCCUGA